CGGCAGCAGCACGGUCUGAACAGGGCGGGCGCUGCCGCCGCCGCCUCCAAAUCCCCGGGACCUCUCUGGCUUCUCCAUCCCCUGCCCUGUCAGCCAGAAGGAGCGGAGAGGAGCGCAUGGAAGCGAGGCGCGCCGCUGCUCGGCCACCAUGGACGGCUACCAAGAGCGCAGCCCAAACGGUGAGAACCUCUUGGAUAGCAACAGCGUCCCUCGUGACCCUCGCUGGCUCACCGACCUCGAUUCCCGCCUGCGGAGCCAGGAAGAGGAGCUGACGCUGGUGAAGUCUGCGCUGGCUGAUGCGCUACGCAGGCUCAGCUUGUACGACCGGCAGAUCCCUCUGCUCAGGCAACAGCUCCUUGAAGGGAAUUCCACCGCACUGGAUGCCAGAGACCAGGCAGUCCUCCCUCAAGGCAACGGUGCCCUCUGGAUUCUGCCCCCUGCCCUCUCCAGCGACUCCAGCUCACCUGCCGCACAGCGAUUAGGAAGCCGUGAGAAGACACCAGGGUCAAGGGUCAGCGUUGGGACGCAGACCGAGGAGUCCACCGUCCUGGCGACGAAGCAGGGCCAGCGUCUCAGCAACGGGCAGCUUCACCAGGCGACCGAGAGUUCAGUUGCUAGGGGCAAACCAGGCCAGGCCCCUUCCAGUACUGGGAAGGCAAAAUGCGCCGAGGGCCAAGCAGACACAGGUGCCCCCGAGCCGGUGAAGAACUCCUUCGAGUUGUCAGCCGACGGAGGAGGAGACCAGGGCUUUGGCCUGGUUCACGGCCUCGGCGAAUGUCUUCCAAGCGCUAGUCUCCAAGAAGCUCAAGAUGUGGGCGAACCUCCCCCUGAAGACGGCACGGACAAAGGCCCAAGCGCGGCGCAGUCCCAGCCCACGGCUCAGCCGCCGGGGCAGGAGACACCGUCCCCGGAGCCUCCGUCGGAAGGGAGCAGCAGCAGCAGCACCGCCUCCCCUGUCCCGGCAGUGCAGAGCCUGAUGACCAGCAGGAAAGAGCUACUUCGAAGAAACAGCUCCUCUGACAAACCCUCCCGAACCAAGCAGCAGCUCUCCAAGAAGGCGGCAUCCUCAGCGAACCUCUUCAACCGCUCCAGCAGUCUUGAGAACCGAAAUAAGGAUCCCUCCCUCAGUCCAGGGCCGUGGAGCACUCGGCGUGGGAAUUAUAAUCUAGAAGGACUUUCCACCAAGAUGUUCCUGCGUGGCCGCCCCAUCACCAUGUACAUCCCUUCCGAUUUCCUCAACUACGACGAGCUGCGCAUGGAGCUGCCGGCCGAAAAACUGCAGCUGGACUGGGUCUACGGCUACCGGGGCCGCGACUGCCGCUCCAACCUCUACGUGUUGACGUCGGGGGAGCUGGUCUACUUCAUUGCCUGCGUGGUCGUGCUGUAUCACGUGCAGCGGCGCACGCAGCGACACUACCUGCGGCACACCGACUGCGUGCGCUGCCUGGCCGUGCACCCUGACCGAGUCCGCGUUGCCUCCGGGCAGAUGGCUGGUGUAGACAAAGAUGGCAAGCCUCUGCAGCCUUUCGUUCACAUUUGGGACUCAUCCACGCUUGCCACGCUGCAACAAAUUGGGUUGGGCAGCUUUGAAAGAGGUGUUGGUUCCCUCGCCUUCUCUACGGCCGAUGAAGGGGCGUACUUGUGCGUGAUAGACGAGUCCAAUGAACACAUGUUGUCUGUUUGGGAUUGUGCCCGUGGCAUCAAGCAGGCCGAAAUCAAGAGCACAAAUGAAUCUGUCCUGACGGUGGAGUUCAAUCCCCAAGAAAGCAGCAACAUAAUCACCACCGGAAAAUCUCACGUCUAUUUCUGGACAUGGAGCGGAAACAGCCUGACGAAGAAACAGGGCAUCUUUGGGAAAUACAAGAAGCCCAAGUUCAUCCAGUGCUUCGUCUUCGACACCAACAGCGAUGUGCUAACGGGAGACUCGGAGGGCAACAUCCUGACCUGGGCCAGGGUGGCUGCUGACGUCCGCACCCUAGGCAAGGGGGCGAAAGAGACAUACCAAAUCAGCAAGCAAACGCGGGCCCACGAAGGCAGCAUCUUCUCCCUCUGCCUGUGCCGGGAUGGCUCGGUGCUCAGCGGGGGCGGCAAAGACCGGCGCCUGGUCCAGUGGAGCCCCAGCCUCACCGUCUUGCAGGAGGUGGAGAUCCCGGAGCAGUUUGGUGCCGUCCGCACCAUCGCAGAGGGCGACGGCGGGGAGCUGCUGGUAGGGACCACGCGCAAUGCCUUGCUGCGGGGGACGCUGGCGGAUGGCUUCCGGCCCAUCAUCCAGGGGCACACGGACGAACUGUGGGGGCUAGGCACUCACCCCUCGCGAGACCUUUUUGUCACCUGCGGCUACGACAGGCAGCUCUGCAUGUGGGAUGGUGGGGAGCACGCGCUGGCUUGGAGCGUCACGCUGGAGGAGACGGGGCUGUGCGCCGACUUCCACCCCAGCGGGAAAGUGGUCACGGUGGGACUCAGCACCGGACGAUGGGUCGUGCUGGAUACAGAGACGCAGCAGGUGUUGUCGGGCUACACAGACGGGAAUGAACAGCUCUCUGUGGUGCGCUAUUCACCAGAUGGUGAGUUCUUGGCCAUCGGCUCCCAUGACAACUUCAUCUAUAUAUACAGCGUGGAGGAGAGUGAGCAUAAAUACACCCGCUUUGGACGCUGCACGGGACACUCCAGUUUCAUCACACAUCUGGACUGGUCUAAGGAUGGGAAGUUCAUCAUGUCCACUUCGGGGGACUAUGAAAUCCUGUAUUGGGAUGUGGCCGGGGGCUGCAAAUUGCUGAGGAAUCGGUUUGAGAACAGGGACCGGGAAUGGGCCUCGUAUACCUGCGUGCUGGGCUUUCACGUCUUCGGGGUAUGGCCCGAUGGCUCGGACGGCACUGACAUCAACUCACUCUGUCGCUCCCACCACGAGCGUGUGGUAGCUGUAGCCGAUGACUUCUGCAAGGUGCACCUUUUCCAGUAUCCGUGUGCCAAGCCCAAGGCACCAAGCCACGUCUAUGGAGGCCACGGGAGCCACGUCACCAACGUGCGCUUCACACACAACGAUGGCUACCUGAUCUCCAUGGGGGGCAAGGACACCAGCAUCUUCCAGUGGCGGGUGAUGGGCGGUAGCCUGCCCUGUAGCCGUUCCCUCUCUUCGGUCUUCUCUUCGGAUGCCGGGGUCAGCACCUGAAGCUGAGGGCUGUGUGGGGAAACCAGACCAGACCAGACCAAACCCAGCACGGCGACGAAGCCUUUACAAGAGAGGAUGGUGGAGGUCACCUCCCAUCCCACAACCGACUCUGGGAACUGAGUGCUCAGGCGCGUGAAUCUAUGGGAAGGCAGGAGUCCGUCCGUCCCCGCCAACAUAAUUUCCUUUGGCUAACAAUGUGAUUUGCUUUAUUAAUAUAAGAGUGAGCGAUCCAAGGCACAGGAGAACUAGCAUUGUGAAGGAAAAUGAAUGUCUCGGACACUGCAUGUGAGGGGGUGGAGGUGCGUUGUCCCUCAAACGGGAGAUUUUUGGAAAGAAUGGUUAGCUUGACUUGUGGGGAGGGGGAGGUUUGGGGAACUUUUCAGAGGACGUUCCCGCUCAGCCUCGCUGAUACGGCCUUGCUCCCUACAAGCCUCGAAGACGCUGGAUUCUGUAAGUCCAGAAAAGAGGGGGAAAUGGACCGGCAUCCAUUCACCCCCCAUUCCCUUCGCUGCAAACCUCUGUACUUCGUUUACAUUCCUAGUGAUUCUGGCCGAGGCUGGAUCCGAUGUGUAAAUAACGAGAGCAAAGGAAGGGCCUUAACACUGUGAGAGACGCAGAGAAAUAAACCUUUGCAUCCAAA